UUGUAAGAAAGCGCUGCAGUUCGCAUCUUUCUAGGCUAAAUUGAAUAUCGUUGCGUUCAUGAUCAGAGGGCGGGGAAUUGAUACGAUCUUAUGUUUACCAAAAUUUCCUCAGUCCGACUGACAGAUUAAUCAAUCUCGAAAAUGAUACGUUUUAUCCUCAUACAAAACAGAGCUGGUAAGACUAGAUUAGCAAAAUGGUAUAUGAAUUUUGACGAUGACGAGAAGCAGAAGUUGAUAGAAGAGGUUCAUGCAGUUGUCACUGUCAGAGAUGCAAAGCAUACAAAUUUUGUUGAGUUUCGCAACUUUAAGAUAGUAUACAGGAGGUAUGCAGGCUUAUAUUUCUGCAUCUGUGUUGAUGUCAAUGACAAUAAUCUCUGUUACUUAGAAGCAAUCCAUAAUUUUGUGGAAGUAUUGAAUGAAUACUUUCACAAUGUAUGUGAAUUGGAUUUAGUGUUUAAUUUUUACAAGGUAUACACUGUUGUGGAUGAGAUGUUUUUAGCAGGGGAAAUCCGAGAAACCAGUCAAACCAAAGUGCUAAAGCAACUCUUGAUGUUGAAUUCCUUAGAAUAAACAAGCUCAUGAUUUUGGCUUUAAAUGUUAUGACUGCAUGAUCUGAAUAUAUUUAAUAUUCGAAGUGAAUAUGUAUGUUUGUAGUGAUUGUGUCACAUAAAAUGCAUAACAAAUAUUCUAUGUAACGGUAUGAUUUCGAUGAUAGUCAGCAACCGUUUCUUUUGGAAGAAUGCAAUGUACAAUAAUCUCUACAUGAAUCUGCGUUAUGAAUUAUGAGACACAGCAAUGCUCAAAACAUGACAAAGUAUUGUAGAUGUGAGAAAAAAAGUAUAAAAACUAUAUAAAUUACAUCUUUAUUUGAAACAUGUAAUAAAUCCUGUAAAUACAUAUGA